GGGUCCCAAUCACCACGACACAGCGCGUCCUCGGGUUGCGGAUAGAGGAAAAGCCUCGCUAUCUCGGUUGAGGAUAGAGGUUAGCUGCGAAUAAAUUGAAUAAGCAGUCGCGGACAGCCGAUUGGAAUGGUCCUCCUGUUUGGGGGUUGGGCGUGGGUUUGAUAGGCUCACACCGUGAAACGACUUUAUCUAGAAACAACCAAAACUCGCCAUGGAUUCUUCUGGGGUAAAAUUUUCCGGAGGUAAACUAGUCCCCCGUUCGGAUCUCCGGGUGGGGACUACCUCGGGGAACUCAUGUCGUAUAAAGUCAAAACACGGGAGAGACAUCAAAGUGGGUACGUGGAACGUUCGAAGUCUUUACAGACCUGGGGCGUUUCAAUCGAUGGUCGGGGAGGUCGAAAGGUACGGGGUAGAAGUUGUCGCGUUGCAAGAAACAAGAUGGGCCGGGGAGGGUUCGCUUAAUGCGGGUUCGUACACGCUUCACUAUGGAGGGUCGGAGAUCCAUAGUCUUGGCAUCGGUUUUAUGAUUAAUAGGAAAAUCUUAUCCGCGGUAAAAGACAUUAAAUUUAUAAACGAAAGAUUAGGAUUGCUCGUUGUGCAGGGCCGAUGGUACAAGAUCGCGAUAAUCAACGUACACGCGCCGACGGAAGAUAAAGAUGGCGAAAUUAAAGACGGGUUCUACGAAGAACUCGAACACCUCGUGGAUCAAUUACCGAACGAUUACAUGAAAAUAGUCGUGGGAGAUUUUAACGCGAAAAUCGGUAAAGAGGACAUUUUUAGACCAACGAUCGGGCUCGAAAGUUUGCACGAGGAAAGUAACGAUAACGGAGUGAGGGUAAUUAACUUUGCGACCGGCAAAAAUCUUAUCGUCAAAAGCACGUAUUUUAAACACAAAAAUAUCCAUAAACAAACUUGGAUUUCCCCGGAUGGAGGCACGCGUAACCAAAUUGAUCACGUUCUUGCAGAUAAACGGCGUCACACGAACGUACUCGAUGUCAGGUCUUAUAGGGGGGCGGAUUGCGACUCGGAUCACCUCUUUGUAAUUGCCAAAAUCAGGGAACGUCUUUCGCUAAACAAAACUAACGGGCAGUUGUUUGGAACUAAACGUCUAAAUGUACAAGGUUUGAUCGAGGGAGAAAACGGAAUAAAAUACGCGGUCGAAGUAACGAAUAGACUCGCGGCUUCAAAGGAAAUAGAUGAAUCGGAUGAUAACACGGUUGAUAAACACUGGGAAAACGUACGAGACGCGAUAGUAAAAUCGGCGGAGGCCACGGUUGGUUUUUGUAAAAGGAACAAAAACAAGCCGUGGUUUGACGAAGAAUGCGUAAAAAUUGUUAAAGUACGAAACGAAGCGCGCAUCACGUGGUUGGCUCAAAAUACGAAGGAAACUCGGGAUCAGUUUCUUAAGAUUAGGCAAGAGGCUCAUAAUAUGUUUAAAAUUAAGAAGCGUCAAUACUUAAAACGUAAAAUUGAAGAAAUAGAUGAAAAUUGUAAAAGCAGUAACGUACGAGGCACGUACAUGGGGAUAAAUAAUUUUAGAAAGGGAUUCCAAGCUAGGACGGAAAUGGUGAAAGAUGAGAACGAUAAUUUAGUUACGGAUACAACGGCAGUUUUAAACACAUGGAAAAAUUAUUUUGAUCGGUUAUUGAAUGUCGAAUCUGAAAACGACCGGGAAAUAGAGAAUUUUGAGUAUCACACGGCUGAACCUAGGAUUAACGAACCGACAAUUUCAGAAGUAGAAAGCGCGAUUAAAAAAUUAAAAAAUCACAAAGCACCGGGUAAUGACUUGAUUCCGGCGGAACUGAUUAAAUGGGGGGGAAGUAGAUUGAUAGAAGAAAUUCAGAAAUUAAUUAUCUUAAUAUGGAAUAAAGAAGCAUUGCCGGAACAAUGGAAAGAUUACACUCGAGAAAUGGUCGAUGACAAAAGUUAUCUUAGACAUAUAAACAAUAUCCCUAAUCCUGGAUUGGCUCAGCAGUACACGUACUCUGCUCUCGGCGUCACUAACUCGCCAUAUAAAAGGAGAGGUCCUCCACGAGGAGCGUCACUUCUCCUUCGGGACUCGGCAGUUAUUAGUGACUUCUCCUUCGGGACUCGGCAGUCAGUAGUCACUUUUCAUUCGGCAUUCGAUAUUCGAUAUUCGAUAUUCGGCAUUCGGCACUCAGCAGUCACCAGUCAAACUCCAUCUCCGAGAUUGUCCGCGAUACGCGUUAAAGUGACUCGACCGGAGCUUCCACAUCCUAGUGCCAACUUUCCUGCCGCGCCAGAACCGUCCUUUCAAAGGGUGGCUACGAAGCCGGGCCUACCGGGAGGCACGGAAACUCUUGGACGAAGAGUUCAAGAGGUAUCUCGGAAGCUCACAAGAGCAGAAUCGUCCGGCCGAGGGUCGCCUAUCACCAGUACCAUCCGCGUCACCACCGGCUCCGCCGGCAAAUCACCCCGAAGUGAUACCGCUUCCGCCUCAAACAUCUUCGCCUUCACCACCUCAGCCACCUCCUUCUUCUCCCCUCGAACUCCUUCACCUGCGUUUCCCGACGCACUCACAGGAAGAAUCCUUUCCGAUUUGCAACCACAAUCAUCCGAUUCGUUCCACCCAACUUCCCCUAGAAGUCUAUCUCCGACGAACUCCACUGACAGCGUGGAGUUCCUAGAGGAAAUUCCUCCACCCCCACCUAGAUCCUACUUCCGGAUCCUGGAGAGUGACACUUUUGAGUCACUCAUCUCUCAAUUCCCGCGGGUUACUACCGCAUCUAUCCCUCAGGGGGCCUACACUAUCGGCCCUCAUUACUUCGAUCCCCAGGAAAUCCGAAAUGCCAUUACUGGUCGAAGCCCUACCUCAAAUAUCCCCGUAUUCCUACCAAAUUCCACCCAUUCAAUUUUAGUGCCUCUAGAAUAA